CUCAUACUCUCAAUGUGCAAUGCCUUUUUAAAGUUUUCUGAUUUAAGCUAUGUUGUAUUCUUUGACUUCUAAUGACUAUAAUUAUUUUCUGGCAUGAAGGCCCUUGACUGGAGUAGCUACAAACUACCGGUGUUUCAUAAUUUGACUUGUUUGGAGCUCGGUGCUGGUUGUCCUGGAUGGCUGUUGCUGCCAAAGUUACUGGAAAGCUCACCACAACUGAGAACUCUAGUUUUUAAGGAGGGGCUUUGGCUUGCUGACGAUGAACAUUACUGGGAUCAUUGUGGGCCUGUGCCUACUUGUUUGUUGUUUAACCUCAAGGUAAUUGACAUAGGAGCAUUCAAAGGGAAAAAGGGUGAGCUAAAGAUUGUCAAGUACUUUCUGAAGAAUGCAGAAGUUUUGGAGACACUAAAUGUCAGUCCCCUAAUGCCUGAGGCAGAAGAGUUGAAGAUUACCAAGUUGUUAUUGAAAAUACCAAGGGGCUCAAGCAGUUGCAAAGUUGUUGUUUCUUGAUUAAGUAUUUUAGAUUUCCAAAUCCGUCUAA